AGUAAGAAAGCGGUUAGUGAUAUGAUGAUAAAGAGGAACAGGGAAAAGAAACUUCAAGGAUCACUUAGUAACUCAACUCCGCUGGAGCCAUCCAAACAGAGCAGGCACGACCAAAAUCAAGAUAAAAAUCGGGAUAAAUCACACAAGAAAAAGAAAACCGAGAAUAUUGCUCAA